ACUACGCUGAAGACGCUGACACCUUAUACUGACGUACCUGACCGUGCUAGACUUCAGUCUUUUCUGCCAUUCCCCGACGGAGCAUGGUACCUUACUCGCGUGACACUGACUUCAAUGCUACUCUGCUAGGAUAUGUUCAUAUCACACAACUAUUAAAUGAUAGUCCCAAUGUGCUCCGUAAGAUUGAUUAUUCAUACUGAGUUAGUACCUAGCUGGUCAUUUGACGGAGAACACGCGUGAUCAGGCUGGAGAGGAGGAGGACAAAUGUCUAAUACGAGACGACCAGCAGAUGACCUUCCAUCAUCCGAUGAUCCGGGGCUUGGCCACGACCUUGGCGGCGAUUAUUCCCAGGACUAUGCAUACGCUGGGGUCGCAGCAGCCGGUGUCAAGCGCUGCAAUUGCAAGAAAGCACGCUGCCUCAAAUUGUACUGCGUUUGCUUCUCGGCAGGCGUCUACUGCAGCAACUGCGCAUGCCGCGAGUGCCUAAACACGCUGGAGAACCAGCACCUAGUGCUCACGGAGCGAAGCAAGAAGCUGGCGGCCAGCCCGGGGGCAUUCGCACCCAAGGUCGAGUUGAAGGCGGAGGGCGAGAUGGCUUGCCACAAGAAGGGCUGUCGUUGCAGACGGAGCCGCUGCAUUAAAAAGUACUGCGAGUGUUACGACGCUCAGGUGUUCUGCAGCGCGGCUUGCAGAUGCGAGGCAUGCCUAAACCAGCCAAAGGGCGGCGCGCCAUCGCACGCCUCGGUUCCGCACGUCCAUGCGCUGCUGGGUCGUCCGGCAUCUGGACAGGCAGUCAAACAGCCAGCCGCUGCUGCCGUACACGACAGAGCCGCGGCUUUUGGACCGCACGACAUGGAUUUCGACAUGGAUUUGGGCGAGCUUGGACCGCACCCCGUUGGAGCUUUGCCGUCUGGGGCUGACGGCAUGCCUUUGCAUGCCGGCGUCUUACCGGCCGGCCAAGGCAUGACCCACGGGUCACUCCAGUCAGCCGCCCUUGCCGCUGCUGCGGCUGGUGGCAAGGGCCUUGUCCUGCCGUACCCGCUUGGAUCACUAGCCUUCCCUGCUUCAUUGUCGUACAUGGAACACCCUGGCGCCAGUGCAGCUGCUGCGGCGGCGGCAGCAGCAGCCGCGACUGCUGCAGCGGCGGCGGCGGCAGUGGCGGCGGCUGGUUACGGCGGGCAUCCGGGAAUGGCGGGUACGGCGCCGGCGGCGGCGGCAGCAGGUACGGCAGUGGGUCCAGCGGCGCCUCAGGUGCGGCCUGGGUUGCUGGGUUCCGAACCCAUGGAUUUACAUCACGACCAGCAUCCCCUGCCGUACGGCGACGGUGGCGUCAAACACGCCCCCAACGCCCAGCCCCUGGCAGCCUUCAUGUCGUCAUCCCUCGAGGAGGGAACAGCGGCGGGUACGAAAGCGGCGGCGGCGGCCGCGGAUACGUCGGCGACAGCAACCGCGGCCGAUAUCAAGCCGCAGUUGUUGCGUCCCUUGGGGACAGCGAGCGUUGCCGAGGGUGCUGUCGGCGGAGGCGCCGCCGGUACGGCAGGGCAGCGGAUUUCGGCCGACGGAGGCGGCGUCGGCGGCAGCGGAGGCAGGCGUGAGAGCAAAGGCGCAACUCAAGGAGCCGUCGGGACGCAGCCUCAUGAUGCGCACAGUGGUGCUGGCGGUGGCGCCGGAGGUGGUGCUGGUUGCGGCGGCGGCGGCGGCGAGCGGGGUGAUGAGCCGGGGGCGGGGGAGCGGCCCUCCAGACGAAGCAGCUCAGAUCCAGAGGACGCGGCGGCUCCGCCACCACCCGACGGCGUCGGCGGCGGUGGCGGCGGCCUACCAGGGCCCUACGCCGGAGCCACUGGGGAUCCCUUGCCGUUCAUGCCGUCGGGACAAUGCGCAGUACUUCCAACUGCCCAACAGCAGCAGCAACAACAACAACAACAACCAGCGCAGCAGCAACAGGCUGCAGCUGCCGAGGAUGCAGCGGCGGCGGCAGCCGGCGGGUCUGGCGGAGGCGCUGCCGCCGCCGCCGCUGGCGGAGGCGCCGGCAGUACGACGCCGGGGCCGCCGCCGUCAGUCCGGGUGCCGUACGACGGGUUUGACGACCGGAGCACGUUCGUACAGGCGUUGCUGGCGGCGCCGGCGUUGUUACUGGAGGAGCCGUUGCGUGCAGAGGAGCUCGCGACGCAGUUGGGGCUGGAUGCCCCGCAGCGGCUGGCGGCGCGCAAGGCGGCGCACAUUCUGAGGACGCUGCUUCAGAUGGCUGCUAGUGCGGUCAGCCUCACGCAGCGGGUGGUUGCGGCAGCAGGCGGUGUUAGCAGCGUGGCUUGGCACUCCGCACAGGGCCCUGAGCUGCAUCACCCACAACACCCAGGCUUGGCUCCCAGCCUGCAUGGAGCUGCUGGUGAGGGCGGUGUCGUACCUGCCGCAGCAACAGCAGCAGCCGCGGCGUUGCUGCUGCCGCCGCAACCAGAUGGGCAGUUUUCGCAGCCGGGGUUUAGCUACCAGCAGCAGCAGCAGCACCCACAGCAGCAGCAAAGCGUGCACAUGCAAGGAGAGGGCGGUCAGGCGGGGCAAGGGGGAACCGCCUUUGACGGCGGUUUGUUCCCAGGCACCCCGGAAUACGGUCAGCAAGGCAGUGUCAAACAAGAGGUACCACAGGGCAGCCACGGACCCAUGGGUCGGCUCCCCAACCUGCCACCACUCCACCUCCCACCGCUCUCGGGUGCCCGCCAACAACCUUCAACCGCCGCUGCUGCUGCUGCUGCUGCUGCCGCUGCCACGGGUCCCGUUGCUAGCAUGGGUUGCUACAGCCAGCAAAUGCUGGCCUACCAGCACUCCCAACAGCAGCAUCAUAACCACCAGCAACACACAAUCAACCAGCCUCAAGGACAACAACAACAGCAGCAGCAACGCAGGAUAAGCGCCGGUGGCGGUGGUGGUGGUGGCGUCAUUCGGUUGGGCCAUGGCAGUUACCGUUUCACUUCCAGCAAUUGCCGUUCCUUAGUUCCGGAACCAUCUGGGAUGUCCGGCAUGUCAGGCAGUCUGGGCGGACCCCCCAGUGCCCUGCAGCCGCAGCACACCAACACAAGUGCCGCCUCGCCUGCACCGCAUCACCGACGAAAAGCCCACCACCACCGAAGUAGCUCCCGAGGGGGGCAGACAGCCGACGACUUUGGUGGCCCCGGCGGCGCUGGCGGCGCCGGCGAUCGCAACACUGCAGCUGAGGAGCCGGCGUUACGACGGGGCAGCAGGCUCAAACGGCCCAACACGCUACUCGCCGGCAUGGACCUUGGUGACCAGGAGGAGUACGACGAGGGAGGUGCAGAGGCUGGGUACGGCGGAGGAGGAGGCGGAGUGUACGGCAUGGAUCUCGGGGACGAUGAUAACGGGGCGCAGUACGGAGGUUACGGCACCGGCAGGGGCUUUCGACGGGGGGUUACCAGCGGCCGACGUGGAGUGGCUGCGGCGGCAGCGGCGGCGAUGGGAGGAGGAGGAGGAGAUGUGCCGUCGCCUAAGCGAGCGAGACGGGUGGAGCUUGGGAG